UGAAUGGGAUCGAGUGUGCUGUGUAGACUGUGAUUCUGGUCUUGUGUGAAUGAAAUGGAAUCUCCUCUUGCUCCCCAACGCAUUUCCCACUUCCAAGUUCCUUCGCCGCACACUCCAAUCCAAACAACUCGCCGUCCGGAUGAUCUCUGCUUCCGAUGCCGUCAACCAGGUCACUGGAGUCGCCACUGGCCUUUCAAACAAUCUCGCUCCCCCAUCGCUCCUCCUAAUUCCACAAUCGCAAAUAUUUAUUGCCGGUGCGGCCAUGGGUUUUGCGAGGUCCGAGAGGCCAAGAAUGAUCGGAACUGUGGCCGGAGCUACUACGUCUGCCCCAUCAAGAGAGGGAAAAAAUGUAAGGAUUUUGUUCAGUGGUGUGAGGAUCCUAUUGAUGAGAGCUACUUGCGUCCUCCUCAGUAUACAUACCCGACUUGUUCUUGUGGCGCCGGAGUUUGCAGGAGAGUCAAAGCUACAAGUGGUCCCCAUAAGGGGCGCUAUUUUUUUGCAUGCCCAAUUAAACAGGGUCAUGGAGCGUGCAGUCAUUGCGUGUGGGAGGAUACACUGUCGGCUAUUCCAAAUGUUGAAGAUCUUCUGGAUCCAGACAUGACUAUUGGCGAUCUUCAGGAUAUGGACAUUUCUCCAAAUAUUGAUGAUCCUCUGGAACCAGACAUUGUUCCAAAUACUAGCGAUCCUCAGAAUAUGGACAUUGCUCCAAAUACUGGCUAUCCUCAGGACACAGAUAUUAGUCCAAAUAUUGAUAUUGAUGAUUCUCUGGAUAUAGACAUGACAAUUUCAGUGUCAUGGGAAUUUCUUGAGGAGAAUGCACGGUCAAUGUUGCGUCAGAGAAUACCUUCCACGACCGGCAAUGACCUGUCUCCUGAAAAACACAUUCAGCAUCAUGAAGAGGAGAAAGUCAGACUUGCUUACACACCUGACAGUGACAACUCUGUCAGACCUGAGGAGCACAUUCAGUGUUAUGAGGAGGAGGAAGUGAGGCUUGGUAGCAUACAUAACAGUCAUGUCAAGGCCAAGGCCGAAUUUGAAGCAUCUCAAAAGCGUAGUCAAUUGCUUCGAGAGAAGGCUGAUCAGCUCAAGAUGAAGCUGCAGGAAUUAAAAGGUGAAAUCAUCUCAUGCGAGCUAGAGGCCAAGGAGAUACAGACUCGUCUGGAUGAGAUGGAAGCAAGCAUGAUGGACUGCUGAAGAAAGCAUGAAGAUCCUAGUUUAGUAAGGAGGGAGAAGCCAAGUAAAUAGGUGGAUUUCUAGCUUAAAUUAGAGAAAUAGUUUUCUAUAUCUUUGUAUGUUGUAUGAGUAACAAAUGAUUAGUGUGUUGUCAAGGAUUUAACCAAAGCAAAAAAUAAUUAACUAACUUGUACAUCUUAACUUUAGUGGCUGUAAAUUAUGUGGCGGAAAAUAAAUGAGUUUUAAUGUCUAAAUUA